ACGCUUGGACGCACCUUCGCCAUUCACUCGCUCACCCGCGCGUGAGACAAACUUCACAAGGAGUGCUCUCUUUUGUUUGCUUCUGGCCGCUGUCGGCCUCUUCCUUCUCGGCUACGGAAUAAAGAGGCCGCUCUUAUUCCCUGCGCUCCGCGACAAGCGAACCUCCCACCUCGCGUCAUAAUUAGCGCUGUGCGAGGAAAAAGAAGCGAGAAGCGGACAAAAAGGCUUCGCUUUUGUCGCUAUGGCGCUGGCUCUUGCGUCCAAGGCCCGUCCUUCCUUCCUUCCCCUACUUUCCUUUUAACUGUGUACCUGCUUUGCCUUCUGAGGUGGGAAGUGGGAAUUUGUGUGGCUCCGGAGGCGGGAGGGAGACUCGUUGCGCUUCUUAUCGGAUCGGCUGUGGAGAUAAACGUGUUUCUAGCAUCCAAGGCCUCUUGCUGUCUGGAUCCCCCGCGGGAGGUUUGAUGGCGAAAGGAAAGGAGACUCCUUUGUAAACUUGUGAGAUUGCUGUUCUUUUUCCUCCGCUUCUUUUUGCUUUGUUAGAGCCGAGAGAGAGAGAGAGAGAGAGAGAGAGAGAGAGAUGUAGGGAAAAGACGACUCCUUUGAGAGGAUUUGAGUCGCUUUGUGUUUUAUUACGCUGAUGGUGCCUUUGAUGGGCAACGUGGCCCAGGACGAUGGGUCGUCGUCGGUGACUUCAUCGCCGCUCAAGAGCUUCUCGCUGAUGUCUCUUUCGCCGCCGGCGCUGUUGCCGUGGCCGCCGGCGCUGCGGGAGCUCAAGUCCGACGAGCGCGGACUCUGCCUCAUCCACCUUCUCCUCAACUGCGCCAACCACGUCGCCGCGGGCAGCCUCGACCGCGCCAACGCCUUCCUGGAGCAGAUCGCGCUGCUCGCCGUCCCUGAUGGCGACGCCAUGCAGCGCAUCGCCUCCCACUUCACGGAGGCGCUGGCGCGCCGCGCCAUCCGCAUGUGGCCGGGGCUCUACCACGCCCUCGACUCCGCCCGCGCGGUGGUCCUGCCCCUCGCGGAAGCCGCCGUCGCCCGACGCCACUUCCUCGACCUCUGUCCCUUCCUCCGCCUCUCCUUCGUCGUCGCCAACCAGGCGAUCAUGGAGGCGAUGGAGGGCGAGAAGGUUGUCCACAUCGUCGACCUCAAUGCCUCCGACCCGACCCCGUGGCUGGCGCUCCUCCAGGGGCUGAGGGCGAGGCCAGAGGGGCCACCUCACCUCAAGCUCACCGCGGUCCACGAGCAUCGGGAGCUUCUCAACCACACCGCCAUCCGCCUCUCCGAGGAGGCCGAGCGGCUCGAUAUUCCUUUCCAAUUCAACCCCGUGGUGAGCAAAUUGGACAACCUCGACGUCGAGAGCCUCCGCAUUAAAACAGGGGAGGCGCUGGCCAUCACCGCCGUCCUCCAGCUCCACACCCUCCUCGCCACCAACGACUCGGCCGACGUCCGGAAGGCGGCCCAACGAGCCCCACCGGCCGGAAUCACCCAACAGCUAUCCCUAGGCGAUUACCUCGACAAGGACCACGGGGCGAACGGGCACAGCCCAAGCGCGGACUCGGUACUAUCCUCGCCAUUCGCCUCGACGUCGCCGGCGCGUAUAGAUAGCUUCCUGGCGGCGCUGUGGGGGCUGUCGCCGAAGCUGAUGGUGGUGAUGGAGCAGGAGUCGAACCACAACAGCGCGGCGCUGACGGAACGGUUCGUGGAGGCGCUAUUCUACUACGCGGCGCUGUUCGACUGCCUCGACUCGACUGUCCCCCGGCAGUCCGUGGAGCGGCUGCGGCUGGAGAAGAUGCUGCUGGGGGAGGAGAUCAAGAACAUCAUCGCGUGCGAGGGGUGGGAGAGGAAGGAGCGGCACGAGAAGCUGGAGCAGUGGGCGCGGCGCCUCAACGCCGCGGGCUUCGUCGCGGUGCCGCUCGGUUACUACGCGCUCCUGCAGGCCCGCCGCCUGCUGCAGGGCUUCGGGUGCGACGGCUACAAGGUACGGGAGGAGGGCGGCGGCCGCCUCAUGAUGUGCUGGCAGGACCGGCCGCUCUUCUCGGUGUCGGCAUGGCGAUGCUAGCGGUGCGAUUGACUCAAAUUUGUCAUCUUCUUUUUCCGUUUUCAUUUGUGUUUUUUUUUGCAUGUAGAUAAUCUUUUUGGCCCUGCGAAAUCCACAAAAUAUUUGGAACAAGAAUGCCUUUUGUUUUU